GCUGCUGCUACAGCGCCCCGUCGGCAGAAACCUCGCCUACCGUCUACACAUCUCCAGAUGCCGACACAUCCACCGAUCGCACCGUACCACCCCCGUCAGAUGGGGGGGGGGAGGGGUAACGAGGCGGAUUAAACCUCCCCGUUUCUUCCUUACCCCGUCGAGGUCCGGAGGUCCCAACCCAUACGAGGUGACAUCCCCCUGUUCCUCUUGCUCUCUCUCGCCGUCCACCUCAAAGGCAGACGUCUGCCAUCGAUGAUUCCGGUCGGGUUAGUCUGCCGCCGGACCAACUCAUUCCGGUUCGCUCCCGUGAUGGCAGCGCUCUAAAGUCGACAUCACCCUCGAUUUAGCGGAGCAGUUUGGGAACCUUUCCGGCUUUAUCGGGGCAUUAUCGUCAUUCUAUAUUCGAAUCGUCGCUUUCCCUGAUGUCGACGUCGUCCAGGCCCACCAGGUCGAAAAGACCACAUUGCCCCUCUCACUUACCUCAAAAGCAAGAACGACGCCACGCCGGCGCACGUGCGUUGGAGACAACUGCUGCGGCGAGGAAUUACCGAUUUCGGUGUAACUGUCGACGGCAGUGAGUGGACCGACUCGGCCCGGCCGGAAACCCGGUCCUGUGAUUCAUUCCUUCUCCACUUGUAGUGGUAGUAGGAGCUGCCUCUGUUGCUACCUCCUGUUGUUAGCUGAUCCCCAUCACCAAAUCCCACUUUCUCCCCUGUUUUUAACGAUAGCCGAUGUCUUCGUCUUCCUUCCUCCAUUUGGGAACAAAAGAAGAGGCAUAGUUUCUCUCUCUCUCUCUCUCUCUGCUCUUCGCUUGGAUCAGUGGGAUCGGCAGCGUUUCCGAGCCAUGGUGGAAGAGGCCGAGCUAGUCGCUGACUCCGGUGACAGUGGUACCGACGGAUCCGCGGAGCACUGGCUCUCCCGCACCCUCCUGAUCGUCCCCAUCGCCAUUGAGAAGGCCAGGUCCGCCAAGGGCUUCGCUGGGCGGUGGAAAUCUAUCGCCGACAAGCUCCAGAGCCUGCCCCCCUGCCUCUCCGACCUCUCCAGCCACCCCUGCUUCGCCCGCCACGCCCUCUGCCGCGAGCUGCUCCAGUCCAUCGUCACCACUCUCUCCGAAGCCGUCGAAUUGGCCGACCGAUGCGGCUGCGAUGGGGACGGGCGCUCCCUCGGCAAGCUCCGGAUGCAGAGCGACCUCGAUGCCCUGUCAGGCAAGCUCGACCUCAAUCUCCGUGACUGCGGGCUUCUGGUCAAGACUGGCGUCCUAGGUGAGGCGGCGCUCCCUCCGGCCGGCGCCGCACGGCCCGGCGAGGCGGAGCUCGCCAGCUCGAAUCUCGGCGAGCUGCUCGCCCGCCUUCAGUUCGGCCACUCCGAGGCGAAGCUGCGGGCCUUGGAUGGGUUGUUGGAGGCCAUGAGGGAGGACGAGAAGAGCGUGGUGGCGGCCUUGGGCCGAAGCAAUGUCUCCGCCCUGAUACUACUAUUGACGACCACCUCGCCCAUGGUCAGGGAGAAGGCCGCAACUGCGGUGUGCUUGCUCACUGAGUCGGGAAAUUGCGAGAGUUUGCUGGUCUCCGAGGGAGUGCUGCCGUCGCUGAUCCGGCUUCUGGAAUCUGGGAGCUUGGUAGCCCGAGAAAAAGCGGUGAUCUCGCUUCAGAGGCUGUCCAUGUCCGCCAACACCGCCCGUUUGAUCGCUCGCCAUGGGGGAAUUCGCCCUCUAAUCGAAGUCUGUCUGAUUGGGGACUCCAUUUCUCAGUCAGCCGCUGCCGGUGCGCUGAACAACCUCUCUGCAGUGCCCGAAUCCAGGCAGAGUCUCGUGGAUGAGGGAGUCGUUCGUGUCAUGAUCAAUCUGCUUGAUCGUGGAAUCGUGUUGGGAUCGAAGGAGUAUGCUGCUGAGUGUUUGCAGCACUUGACUUCCAGCAACGAGAGCCUAAGGGCAUUGGUUGUGUCGGAGGGAGGAAUUCGGAGCCUUCUGGCAUACCUUGAUGGACCAUUACAACAGGAAUCUGCAGUUUGUGCAUUGAAAAAUCUGGUAGGAUCUGUUUCUAUGGAUAGUCUCCUCUCGCUUGGUCUGCUUCCUCGCCUGGUGCAUGUGUUGAAAGAUGGAUCUUUGGGCGCGCAGCAGGCUGCUGCAGCUGCCAUUUGUAAGAUUUCCAGCUCGGCGGAGUCCAAGAGAAUUGUUGGAGAGUUUGGUUGCAUACCCUUGCUGGUAAGGAUGCUCGAGGCCAAGAGUAGCAGUGGAAGGGAGGCUGCUGCACAGGCGAUUGCUAGCUUGAUGACCCAUCCACAUAACGGUAGCGAAGUUAAGAAGGAUGGGAAGAGCGUGCCAAAUCUGGUUCAGUUGCUCGAUCCCAGCCCUCAGAAUACAGCGAAGAAGUAUGCUGUGUCUUGCCUUCUAAUUCUGUCGUCGAGCAAAAAAUGCAAGAAAAUGAUGAUUUCAUAUGGUGCAAUUGGUUAUCUCAAGAAGCUGUCAGAUAUGAAUGUUCCCGGUUCGAAGAAGUUGCUCGAGCGAUUGGAACAACGGAGGUUGCGGAACUUGUUCAGCAGGAAAUAGAUUGAAGUUCUCCCUGCUUUUGAACUUACGAGCUCCAUGUCUCGCUGACUCCUUGAAACAUAAACCAGUGAGAAAGGAGGAUGUAUACUCUAAUCUAACUCUGGCCUUUUCAGAACUAUAUAAACUGCAAUCCAGACUCAGCUAUUUCUUGUAAAUGUUCAAGAAGCUCAUAUUUCUCUUCGGUUUCUAAUUAUCCUGCAUUGUUGUUGUGUGA